GUGCAGUUUAAAUGUUAAACGAGAGGAUAGUAUGAAGUGUUACAUCGUAUAUAACUACACGCAGCGGGUUGUGCCACAGGUUACAUCUAUAGUUGCGCGUGAUCGUCAGUCGUCGAGUACAGCCCGGGGGCACUGUCAGUAAGUAUGGGAGGAGGUUACAGCUUCCCCAUGGUGACCCUUUCCCGGGACAGGGUUGUGGUGGUGACGGGCGGUAACCGGGGUCUGGGAUAUGAAACAGCCAAAUGGAUAGCCAUGCUUGGUGCGACGGUCAUCUUGGCUUGUCGGUCUGUAGAAAACGGCCGAAAGGCUAUAGAAAAGCUAAACAAAGAAUUCCAAGAGGAGAAAAAUAAAGGCACAAAAGGCCUGUGCGAAUAUGACGAAUUGUCCAUGGACGUGAUGGAGCUUGAUUUGUCCUCUCUUGCCUCCGCCAAGAAGUUUGUCAAAGAAUAUCUUGACUCCGGUCGUUCUCUUCACAUCCUCAUAUGUAACGCAGGCGUAGCCAUGUGUCCACCGGAGAUUACAGAAGACGGAUAUGAAUUGCAUUUUCAGGCCAACUACCUAGGGCACUUCCUUUUGUGUGCAGAGUUACUGCCCCUGAUGGAGGCCAACGGCGAGGAUUGUAGGAUUAUUCUCGUUUCCAGCUUCAUGCACCUUAACUGUGGAUUCGACACAAAGAGAAUACAGGGCAUAUUCCCGUACACACUGUACGAUAGGAUAAUCCACUAUGGCAGGUCCAAACUGUACCAGGCAAGUAGAACGUAA